AUGGCGGCAGUUUUAGCCGGAGAUGAUCUGGCAAGAUCAAUGAGUAGCGGCAGGAGGAGCUUUAGUUACAGGAGCUGGGCGUCAGCUAGCAUAAGAGAAGCAUGGACAGCACCGACAGACGUUUUCAGCCAGAAUAGCGGGAGAAGAGAGCAGCAGCUUAACGACGAGGAGGAGCUGCGAUGGGCAGCCAUCGAGAGACUACCGACUUAUGAUCGGAUGAGGAAAGGGAUGCUAAGGCAAGUACUUGACAAUGGAAGAACAGUUCAAAGUGAAGUUGAUGUUACAAGGCUUGGAAUGCAAGAUAAGCAGCAGUUGAUGGAGAACAUACUUAAAGUUGUUGAAGAUGACAACGAAAAAUUCUUAAGGAAACUCAGAGACAGGACUGAUAGAGUGGGGAUUGAGGUUCCAAAGAUUGAAGUUCGAUAUGAGCACUUAUCAGUGGAGGGAGAGGUUUUUGUGGGAGGCAGAGCACUUCCUACUUUAUAUAAUGCUACGCUGAAUGCAUUAGAGUCAUCCGGGAAAAUCACCUAUUGUGGGCAUGAAUUGAAAGAGUUCGUUCCUCAGAGGACUUGUGCUUACAUUAGUCAGCAUGAUCUUCACUAUGGCGAAAUGACAGUCAGAGAGACAUUGGAUUUUUCUGGACGCUGCUUAGGUGUGGGCACAAGGUAUGAACUGCUGGUAGAACUCUCAAGACGUGAGAAAGAAGCAGGAAUUAAGCCAGAUCCAGAAAUUGACGCAUUCAUGAAAGCCACAGCUUUGGCAGGCCAGGAACAUAGUUUGGUUACAGAUUAUACUCUCAAGAUACUCGGAUUGGAUAUUUGUGCUGAUAUUUUGGUUGGGAAUGACAUGAGAAGGGGUAUUUCUGGAGGGCAAAAGAAGCGUGUGACUACUGGAGAGAUGUUGGUGGGACCAGCAAAGGUUCUUUUAAUGGAUGAAAUAUCUACAGGGCUGGAUAGUGCCACUACUUUCCAAAUUUGCAAGUUCAUGAGGCAAAUGGUCCAUACUAUGGAUGUAACUAUGAUAAUUACUCUCUUACAGCCAGCACCAGAGACAUUUGAGCUUUUUGAUGACAUUAUCCUGCUUUCAGAAGGUCAGAUUGUCUAUCAAGGUCCACGCCAGCAUGUCCUCGAAUUCUUUGAACACAUGGGUUUCAGAUGCCCUGAUAGGAAAGGAGCUGCUGACUUUUUGCAAGAAGUAACUUCCAAGAAGGAUCAGGAACAAUAUUGGUACAGAAGGACCCAACCUUACAGAUAUGUUUCUGUUGCCGAGUUUGUGCGAGGCUUCAAAUCUUUUCAUGUCGGUCAGCAACUUGCUUCAGAUCUUAGGGUUCCUUAUGAUAAAUCAAGUGCCCACCCGGCUGCAUUGGUCAAAGAGAAGUAUGGCAUCUCAAAUUGGGAGCUGUUCAGGGCUUGUUUCUCGAGAGAAUGGCUGCUGAUGAAGCGGAACUCCUUUUUGUAUAUAUUCAAAACUACCCAGAUAACAAUCAUGUCAAUAAUUGCCUUCACAGUGUUUUUCCGGACAGAAAUGGAAGUGGGGACUGUACUAGGUGGACAAAAAUAUUUUGGAGCCUUGUUUUUCAGUCUAGUCAAUGUGAUGUUUAACGGCAUGGCAGAACUUGCAAUGACAGUUUUCAGGCUACCUGUCUUCUAUAAACAGAGGGACUUCUUGUUCUUUCCUGCAUGGGCUUUCGGUUUACCAAUAUGGGCCCUCAGGAUUCCAUUAUCGUUAAUGGAAUCAGGGAUAUGGAUUAUCCUAACAUAUUACACCAUUGGUUUCGCUCCUUCCGCUAGUAGGUUCUUCCGACAGUUCCUUGCAUUUUUUGGCAUACAUCAGAUGGCUCUGGCCCUCUUUCGUUUCCUUGCUGCUGUUGGAAGAACUCAAGUCGUUGCAAACACACUAGGGACCUUCACCUUGCUUUUGGUUUUCGUGCUUGGAGGGUUCAUCGUUGCCAAAGACGACAUUGAGCCAUGGAUGAUCUGGGGCUACUAUUCGUCUCCUAUGAUGUACGGACAGAAUGCCAUUGUCAUGAAUGAAUUCCUUGAUGACAGGUGGAGCGUGAUGAAAUUUCACUAUGACAAACUCUUGUGUGAAAAUUUUAUUUCAGCUUUGGGUGACUCAAAAGCUGUCAUUGUGGAAGAAGAUGAGAAGAAGAAAAAGAAGUCAUCAUCUGCACAACAUAGAGCAGAAGGUAUUGAUAUGGCAAAUAUGGGAAAUUCUGCAGAAACCGGUCACGCAGUAGAUAAUUCAACAAAAAGAGGAAUGGUUCUGCCAUUCAGACCCCUUUCACUUGCAUUCAACCACGUGAACUACUAUGUGGAUAUGCCUGAUGAAAUGAAGAGUAAGGGGAUUGAUGAAGAUCGUCUUCAACUGCUCAGAGAUGUAAGUGGUGCUUUUAGACCAGGGAUUUUGACUGCACUUGUGGGCGUAAGUGGUGCUGGGAAGACUACCUUGAUGGAUGUGUUAGCUGGAAGGAAGACCGGUGGUUACAUUGAAGGAACUAUUAACAUCUCAGGUUAUCCAAAGAAUCAAGCGACAUUUGCUCGUGUGAGCGGUUAUUGCGAACAGAAUGACAUUCAUUCACCUCGUGUUACUGUUUACGAAUCUCUUCUGUACUCAGCCUGGCUCCGUCUUGCUAAAGAUAUAGAUACGAAAACCCGAAAGGCACGUAAUAUUUCAUCA